GAGCGGGGGCGAGGUUCCUGCUGCAGUAAUUUUCGAUAGCGUUUGGUGGGGACCCUCUCGCGUGGUCGUUCCCACCGGCCGGCCAUCGACCCUUGAGCUGCUUCGUGCAUUUCCUCCUGAAAGGAAGAUAAGGGCUCCUAGAGCCGAGGCCGGUCAUGUCUGAUCCAGCACAGCAAGCUGCUCCAGGGACAGGACAGGAAGGAGGUGAAAAUGCUGGGGGGGGGCCUGGUGCACCUCCAAAUUUGACCAGUAAUUGGCGCCUGCAGCAGACUCAAGCACAGGUGGAAGAAGUGGUGGAUAUUAUGCGUGUGAAUGUGGAUAAAGUUUUGGAGCGAGAUCAGAAACUCUCAGAAUUAGACGAACGAGCAGAUGCCCUCCAAGCUGGUGCCCAAGUAUUUGAAAGUAGCGCAGCAGCGCUCAAGAGGAAAUACUGGUGGAAGAAUUGUAAGAUGAUGAUCAUGCUGGGAGUGAUCUGUGCCAUUGUGGUCAUUGCAAUUGCACUUUACUUUUUUACCUGAGAAUGUGUCCCUUCCCCCUUUCCCCACCCAGUCUACAGCCUUCUUACCCCAUUUCCCUUUCCAGACCCAAUUCUUCUUUCUCUUUCCUUUCUGGCUUUGCCAUCAAUUUUCUGUUAGUUUUGUUUGCUUCCAUUCAAGAGUGUAAUGCACUGUUACCAGAUUUGAGUUGACCUCCUUCACAGCUGCUGCAGCCUCUGAGUGGACCAGCUCGUUUUUGGAGAGUGGCACUGAGCCUAAGGGGAGGAAUUGUGGAGGAUUGAAGGAGUCUGUUGAUUACACCUGGGGUGUCACUUGCAGUCUGAGAUGUCCUUUGAGUCUUCUGAGAUGUCUUCUCCUGUGAGUCUAUAGGAAAGCAUUUCCUUUGGGCACAAACAGUAUUAUUGAAAACUUCACCAGAAGAGAGAGAGGAAAAGCUGGGUCUCAUUAUAGUAGUGAUACUGAUGAGAUGAUUCUGGUAUUGUGCCAUGCAACCAAAAUUGAUCGAGUUUUCCCUCUAAUAUAAACUCCAGUUGAUGCUGCUGGUGAGCAAAACUCUGAUCUUAUGAUGACUGUCAGCCAUCCUUUACUGUUUCAUCUCUUGGUAGAAUCCAACUGGUUUGUUCAUUAACCUUGGCUCCAAGAACAAGUACUGUAUAUGCCGGCGUAUAAGGCAACUUCCGCAAGCGUUAAAAUCGGCGCCAAAGACGGGGAUCGUCUUAUACGCUGAGUCGUCUUAUACACCGGAAAUACUGGUAGUUUCCGGCGUAUAAGACGACGUUCCAGGAAUGCGGCUCGGUGACAAAGGCGGGGGUCGUCUUAUACGCCGGGUAGCCUUGUACGCCGGCAUAUACGGUAUGCUUUUACUGCCAAGUACUGCCAGAAUUAGAGCUGAGAUGGAUAAUAUAGCAUAUAGGAUUAGUAUUAUUCUAGUGUACUGCUUGAAGUCCUGUCCCCCUUGCUUUUAAAGGCUGGGUGGCUUAUUUGACUGAAUUAAUAAAUAAGGGAGGGUCCGACUGAAUUGGAAGGUCCCAAACUGUUUGCCCCUUGGUGAAUAGUAAGUUAGGAGCUAUGUCCUGGAAACCUCUGCAGUAUAUUUAGAAGUGUUUCCUUUUAAAAGCAAUGUGCUAUAAAACGAGGACCCUUUCUGGUUUCAUGACUUGGAAACAGCGGUACAGAAUGCCAAGGAUUCUGGAAUAAUGCCUGAAUAUUUGUUUUGAUGUGCUGUUUCUCACCACGUUUACUUUCAGGUCAUCCCUUGGUGAUAGUUGUCAGAAUAUAUAGUGACAUGUAUAGGUGAACCCAUGCUCAUUUAUCCCUUGUUGAAUAAGGUGUAGGACUCCAGGGUGGAAGGAGUUCAGAGAGUGAUGAACAUGUGUUUAAACAUGCUGAAGAAUGAUAGUUUUCCUGAUUCCAAUAUAAGGACUGAUAAAACUAUGAGGCUUAGCUUGUUAAGAGGCAUUGUAGUGUCAGUGGUUGACCAGAGAAUAUUGUUGAAGGGGCUCAGAAGCUGUAAUGCUCUGACAGGACUUAUCAGCUGGUGGCCACUGGGCUUAAUUUACUUUAACCUCAGACCAAUUUUAUCUGGCUCCUAAACAUUCGUUCUGGCUGUGCUAGGAGUAACCCUACUCUCACCAUAGCAUGCUGCAGAGGUGCUGAUUUUUUGCAUGUUCACUGCCAUGCACCAGCAUUUCAUUUGCAGAGUCCAUCUGUUUGCGAAUCCCCAUCUUGUUUCCCCUUUGGGGGGAAUGAUGGAGGAGAACAGGAAUGGAGUUCCCAACUUCUUUGGACAAUUCUCUUCCUAUUUCGGUGGGAUUGUGUUGAUGGAAGUGCAACACCUGAAGAGGAGCCAGGGCGCAAGUUGUGAUGCUGCUGUCAGUAUGAGAGGAAGCACAGAAGGUGUACAGCCCCUUCUUGAUUUCUUCUGGACAAAAUCUUGGUUUAAUCUGCUGCCGUAUUAUUUUGAGAGAAGGCCAGUAGGCUGCUUUCUUCUGCUUUUCUUGUCUGUUUUCAUAGGUGUUGUAUGUUAUGCCUCUUCUCUUUCUAUCUCCCCCCUUCUCCACCUUUAUGCAUGGGCAAAAAGUACACCUAUUUCCCUAGGCCCUCUUUGCCUAAACCAAGGGACUACUUUCUCUAUGCACAGGACUUCAGCCGCUUUCUCACACAUGUGUGGUUUGUUCUUGUGAGGAAUGCAGCCAUAAUAUUCUUCUGGCAUAUGUAACUACCAGCUCAUGUACUCUUAAUAACCUCCGCUAACAAAUACUUCUUGACCCACUAAAAUGAGUGGGGUUCAUCUGUCUGAGUACUGGAGGAAACAGGAUUCUACAUGCAGGUAGUAAAGCAGAAGAACGUAGACUGAAAUAAGAGUACUAAAACAGUAUUGUCUGAACAUGUAUAAUCUGAUAUGAGAUAGAUCACAAGGGGCCAACAUGGCAUCUAGACAGAUAGAUGCAGAAAAGCUGGCAACCUUGAUCUUCACCCAUGUGGAUUCUUGUUCGUUGCUGCAUAAAACAGGCUGAAUUAUGGCUCAGUAGUUGAUAUGUACAAUUGCACAAUGGGAUGUUGCACUGAAUAUCGAGUAGAUGAGCAGCAUUUGUGCUUAAUUUGGACUUGAUAUGGCCUUGUAGAAGUUUUACAAAAUCGGCUGCAGUUAUCAGCAGGCAAGACCUUUGGAAGAAUCCAGAGCAAGGGCAGCCUUUGACUAGGGCUUAAAAAUAUCCCUUCUUUUUUUUUUUUUUGGUUUUGCCUAAUCUGCCUCUCCUGUUUAUCCCCCAUUAUACUGUACUGGCAUAAUGCAUUUUCUAUUUCUUUUGCAUAAACAAAUUUAGCAAAAUAACUGUUACAAGCAGAAUAAACAAAUGUCAAAGAGAACAAAAUGCUAACAGUGUAAUAUUCCUAAUUAGUUCCAGUGUGGAAAUAAACGGUAUACAACUAACCUCUUGGAUACAGUGGUUGAGAGCGCAUGAGAAUUUGUUCAAAUCCUUCUGUUUAAAUAUAAAGCUACUGUGCAAAAGAAUUGUAUGAUGGUUCCACAUCUAUAAAAGGAAUUCCUGAAUUUGCUGACCCUGCAUAAGAAAGUGGUGAUGAAAGGGCAGCACAAUGUUGUCACAAUAGGCCUUGUGCUGUUUGACAACAACUUGUGCCCAGUUUAUGCAUACAAGAGAAACUAGAAGUAACAGAAGUUCUCCCAUAUUCAUAGUCUACUUUUCUAUUAUUUCUCUUCAAGUCAGUGUAAGAUCAAAAGAAACACAAUUCUCAAAUGGCACUGCUUUGGUUAUGUGUAGAUGAUAUAGAAAUGGUGCAUUAAGGUCCUGCCCAGCUGCUAUCAACACAAGUAUAUAGACUACAGCAUACUGAAAUUAGAGCAAUACUUGUCUGUCUUGCACUGUUAAUAUGGCACAUGGGAUUAGGAUUAUUCUGGUGUACUUAGGGUAUCAACUUUCAGUCAUUGCCUGAAGUCCCAUUCCCUUUAUGUUACUUCACCUGUUGCGUGCCAGAGAUAUUUUCUCUACCCUCCAUCAUGGCUGAUUUAAAUGCAGAGAGAGUAUUGUAUUUGCUACAGAUGGAAAAAAUUAACCGUAGCACAUGGAAUGGGAAGCUAUAACUUGCUGACAGUGUAUGUGUACACGUAUACAAUGUAUACAAAAGUGCUAAGAGACGUGCCAUUGCGUGGUUGAGACAUGGUUCUCAACCUUUUCUUCACUUCGAACUCUACAUACCUUUUGGGGCCAUGGACCAUGACCACGGACCACCAAGACUUAAUUCAAGAUUUAAAUCAUAACAUUUCUUCAAGUUGUGACAAAAUCACAGCCCCCCAGGUGUCUGUGGAUCACAGGGUGAGAACCACUGAUUUAACUUACAGAUAUGGAGAGGAUUCCAAAAAGAAGAACAAAUAGCAAUAAUAAACUUUUUAAAAGAGAUCUCCAAAAGAGGCUACACAACAAAAGUAACUUAAAUUAAACCUGAAUGAUUAUAGAAUGGCACUGGUACUCUGGGUUUCGGUCAUAGUUAUACUUUCCAGUCAAAAUCAUAAGAUGUUUUCUCUUUCAUUUUCAGAAAAUACAUUUUUAAUUUGUUAUCCCUAAUGCUAAAAAUGCAGACCAAAACCAAAACUUUUUUUUUUUUGCAAAAAAUAUUUGCCCAAAAGGGGAUUCUUAUAAUAUGAUAGCUACAAUCAUUUUAUCUAGUUAAGCCAGUGGUUCUCAACCUUUUUAAUCCACGACCCCCAACCGGUCGUAACUCGAGGACUACUCAACCAGUUGCAAGUCGAGGACUACUCAACUAG